AUGGCGACGUUUCCUCCCCCUUCAAUCGCCGUUGACGGUAUCGUUGACAACUGUGAACAGGCAGAGAUGAUGCCAAAUUGCGACCCUGCUGUUCCUAUUGUGGAAAUGGCAGCCUUGCUAUACCAUGGCGACACCAUUCAAGCGCGUCAUUUGUACCGUCGUUACCGCGAAGGAUGUCCCGCCGAAGUCCAGGCCGCGCUAGAGGCAUGGUGGGGCCUCGGUCGUGCUAUGAUGGAGUACGAUCUUGCGCAGAUCUGGCCUCGAUUGACCCAGUUGCAGCAGCAACAACCCAAACCAUACUGUAAUUAUGCCCAAGAAAUUGGAACAUCAUUGUGUCGUCGUUUGCUUCCCAAGUUGGCGUCGAUUUGGAACAAGAGCAAUGCGAGUGUGUUGCUGGGAUUGCCACGACAAGAGUGGAAUGUCUUUUUGGAAUCUCAGCGCAAAGCUUUGAUCGAGGAUGCCAAAAACAAAACUCCAAAGUUGGGAUCAGAGCAUACAACCGAUAUUAUUGCCUUUUUGGAAAGUCCAACGUUGCGAAUCUAA